CUCAACCACGUCUAUCCGUUCAUUUUACCUGCCAUUCAGACCGCGGCUCUUCGGCCAAUAAACUAUAGAAAGAACACAUUCACUCCUUUAUUCUCUGUUUUGCUCCAUAUACUGAAGACACCAUGCUCAUCACCCGCGGAUUCUCCCUAACGAACUUUGUCAUCGCCAGCUCGGCCCUCUGCUUUCAAGUCUUCGUUCUUUAUCCCUGGCACCACAAGCUCGAGGACGACUUCAAGGAGCUCAAGAAGGAACACUUGCGUCUGUUGCAGGAGAAUGAGGAUAGCCGGGUGAAAGAACUGAAGAGUAUCAAGGAACACCUCGGUCUUCUCCAUCAGAAGGCUCAAAUGUGAGCGACAUUGUGAGGCAUAGUAUGGGCACUUUCGGAUGAUUCAUUUCAUGCAUUUCAUCAGCGGGAUAGAGAUACACUGCUUGCAUAGAGAAGGAAGCGGGAUUGUAUAUACUGCGCGCAGGAAUCGAACGUCUUCUUGCUCUUUUGCUCGGCAGAACACCUCCAGAUGAAUUCGCGUACAACAUACAGUAACUCGGGAUCCUUAACGGGU